AUGGCGGCGUUUGUCCCUCGGGUCGGUGUCCGCGUCCUGCUGCUGCUGCUGCUGCUGCUGCGGGGCGGCGCGUGGGGGGCGCUCGGCGCUGUCCAGCGCCUCUGCUACAACUUCUCCGUCACUCCUCGGCCUGGGCCUGGACGGCCAUGGUGUGAGAUUCGAGGCCAGGUGGAGGGGUCCCUCUUCCUUCACUAUCGCUGUGGGGGGCAGGAGGUGAAACCAGUCUUUCCUCUGGGGACCAAGGAGGACGCCACAGAGGCCUGGGAGGGACAGACUGAAUCCCUCAAGGACCUGAUGGAGGAGCUCAAGAAGAAACUGCUUGACCCUCAACCAGGGAUGGUGAGAAGCAGUGGGCCCCUCUCCCUGCAGGGCAGGAUGGUGUGUGAGGGGGAGGCCCGUGGACAGAGCCGCGCAUCCUGGCGCUUCGUCGUCAAUGGACACAUCUCCCUGCGCCUGGACUCGGAGACCAGACUCUGGACGGGGGACCCGCCCGCAGACACGGGGAAGCUGGAGAGGUGGGCGGAGGACAGAGACCUGAACCACUUGCUCUUGAAGAUGUCCCUCGGGGACUGCAAGAUGUGGCUUCGGCAGGUGGCAGCGCACUGGGAGAUGCCAGGGACGACAGCAUCACCUGCCAUGGCCCCAGGCAAAGACCCACCCAAGGCCACAACUGUCGGGCACAUGCCCUGGCUCAUCCCUGUGAUCCUGCUCCCCUGCGCCAUCCUACUUGGCAUUGUGUUUAUACUGAAGGCCCGUGCUGCUGCCCGAGCCCCCGAGCCCGGGGUCCUGCUCUAGACUCUGCCUUUGUGACCCGCCGUGGCUCCCCUGCUUCAUCCUCCACCCCAGGACGCAGUGGUUCUAAAUCUGGAGGACUCCAGGGUCACCACUCCCAGGGUCUCAACACGGCCUGUCCUCUGUGACCUUUGGGGUCAUAGUUUCCUUAACACACGGAUGCCACUUUCUCAGGUGCUAAGGGGCAGAUUCUUGCACCUCAACAUCAAGAGGUGAAGGGAUCAUGUUCCAUCCAAAUCGAGUGGUGGACAGCAGUGGAGUCACCGAGGUCCUGAUGUCCUUUGAACACUUAGAAAAGGAAUCCUCCUUGGAUGCGGACUUCCCCAUCUCAGUGCGUGGACAGUCCCCACGCCGAACACAAUCAGCCACACAGCAAGUGCCCACCUGCACUGAAAGUGUCCCGUGACCCAAAAGACAUUGGACAAGGUGCGGGGCUUCUGUGCCGGGGAGGUGGGAAGGAACACAUCUGUAGAGUGAGAACUUAGGCCCUAAAACCCAUGGGGACUUAAAUCAGUGUGUCCGCAGUAAAUAUAUUUGAGAAACUGUGCAUGUUUACAAAUGAGGUUAAUGAAAGGACCUCCCUGGUGUCACAGGGGUUAAAGACAGCACUGUCAAGCCAUUGGCAGCCACUGCAACACCAGUUUCAUCCCAGGCUGGCCUGGGAGCUACCCAAGUGGCACAGUUGACCUCUCCUGACUUGUGCGCUGCUCCCCUCAGCAGUGUAUCUCAGUAGAUCUGCCUCUUCUGCUCCCCACUCUUUAGGGGAAUCCUCUCACCGUCCAUACCUCUGGCCUGUACCCCCGUUUUUGUAUGCAUAAAUAAAAUAAAAAAUUAUAA